GUUCGUCACGCACCGUGCAGACUCGACUCCAGACACCACCGGCGGCGAGAAAACGAGGAAAGAUGAAUGUUUAGAAAAUUCGGCCGAAAGGAAGCACUUAAUUUUGGUCAAUGAAUGUAUUGAUCUGCAAGUGUUUCGGUCUUAGGUGAUAUGGCUAACGAUACAAAAAAGGGAAGAGCCUCUUUGGUAGAAAUACAAACUUGGUGGAAAGUGCCAACAAUUGCUCAUUUUUGUUCCUUAUUUAGAGCUAAGUUUGGGUUGCCGGAUUUUGAGAUAGAGGAAUUGGAAGAGGCCUUAGUUUCUGAUACCCAAGAUGACCCUAACGAUUUCCUCAAGAAUCUUCUGGCAAGAAUCCUUUUCGGAUGUUACGGACGAAAGGACAUCAACUCUUCAAAUUAUGACAAGUACCUUCGUGACAUAAUGAAACAUCGUUGGGAGAUGGAGGAAUCGCGUGUGAACCCUUUAAACAGCGAAGACACCACAUAUCAUUCCUUACCAACACUAAGCAAAGUAGAACUUUUACAUGCCUUGUGUGAUUAUAGACUCGAUGCUGAGGAUGUCUCGGAUUUAUUGAAGGGUACCGUUGGUGAGCAUAUGAGGAUUGAACCACUUGGCUCUGACAGCGAGGGCGCCAAAUAUUGGUAUUUUUACGGAACACGGCUAUAUAAGGAAACCAAAAAGUUGACAAAAGCAGAAAAAGAGGAAUUACGAAAAAAGAGGGAAAAGGAAAAACGUAAGAAGAGACGAGAAAAGGCAAAAGAAAGAGCAAAAGAGAAAGAAAAACUAAAAAAAAUUAAGUUGGCCAAGAAGAAUGCUGGUGACCAGGCUUUGGAGGUAGACCAAAAUGACAGCUGUACGGAAGAAAACAGCCAAGACACACCGACCACUAGCACGACCGUGUCCAGUGAAAGUGAUAGUGAUGAUGAUUUGGAGCCACCUCGUUGGCAUCUUGUUUGUGACACGCAGGAUGACUGGGAGAUCCUGGCUCAGAAGUUUAAGAAGACGAAGAGCAAAAACGAGAAAGAACUCUAUCGAGCACUUGCUGAUGACUUCCUACCUGUAAUGGUUGAUCUCUAUAAUCAAAAGGAAAAAGCUUUGCGUAAGAAGUUGUUAGAAAUGGCCCCUAGGAGGACAUCGGGCCGCAUCCAAGAAAAGAUGCAGCGGAGAACUGAGGAGGAUGAUUACAUUGAGGGUUAUUCUGACACUGAAGGACACCAAGAGGAGGAUAAGUUCAGCUGCAAUGAGAGGCGUCACAGAAAUCGACUGCAGCAAAAAGAAUUGCAAAUUUUAGAAGAGCAGGAAGCAAAGAGGAGGAAAGAAGAAGAGGAAGAAAAAGCUAAGAAAGCAAAAGAAGAUCGAGCAAAACGUGUGCAGUUGCGAGAGGAAAGAGCCCGACUUAUAGCCGAGGGUAAGACGAUACCGAAGGAACUAAUGACCAUACCUCAAGCUCCUUCUGUGUCGCCAACACCAAAACCAAAGAAACCAAAAUUUUCUGGGGUUCGAGAUGAUGAAUUUGAUUCUCUGUACAUAAGCAUGCAUAAAGUCCUUGAUGCUGUCAAACGCCAUUCCAAUUCCUGGCCAUUCCUGGAACCUGUAAAUGAGGAGUAUGCCCCGAAAUACCUUGAAUAUAUCGAGAAGCCGAUGGACCUUGGGACGAUGGAGGAAAAGCUGGACAAAAAGCAGUAUUCAAGCAAGUCUGAGUUUGUUGAUGACAUGCAUCUGAUGUUUGAAAACUGUGAAACAUACAAUGGAUCUGAAAGUGAGUACACUGAAAUGGCUCGAACUCUGGAAGUUGUAUUUACAAAAAUGAUGCUAAGAUGUUUCCCUGAAGAUGAUAUUGAUUUCUUUGAUGAUGAAUUUUUUAUGAGUGAAAAUAGUGAACCAAGGAAAUCAAGUCGUUCCUCAAGAACCCGCAAAACUGUAGAGGAGCUUGAUAAAAAGGUGUUUGGAUCAUUUCGUGAAGACACUUCUGAAGAAAGUGAAUCUGAAGAUGAUAAUUACUUUCCAUCUGAGAAGAAAUUUAAAGGCAAGGCCAAAAGCCCUAAAAAGCGUCCCCAACGAAUGCCACGUGUAAAUUAUGCCAUGGAUGGCGAAGAAAGUUCUCGAGACGACUUAAGUAGAGCAUAUGCAUUAAGGAAUUUUUAUGGCAAUCGUGGUAUGUUCAAUGCGGAUCCAACAUAUGGAGUAACCUGUAGCCAUAUGAGUGUGAUGCGCGUUGUUGAUGGGAAGAUUGUUGAAGAACGAGGACCGUUAAUGCCUGUGACUCAAUCAGCAAGUACAAAGGAUGUUACCCAAUUGGAAGAUGAGGAUGAGAAGAGAAAAAAUCAAGUGGCUAGUCAGUCUUCAGUUGCAGUUUCAAAAACCGAAGGAGUGGAAACUAAAAAAGAGGAUAAAAAUGGACAAUCAGUGAAGAAAGAUCCAGAAGUAUAUGAGGAUCACAGUUCAUUGAAAAACAAUCUCAGUUCUUUCUUAAAACAUCCUAAAGUACGUUCAAAGACUGAACGUCUUAAGGAGGCAGAGAAAAAUUCUUUUGUGGUGAAUACGCCUGUAUCACUACCAUCAACAGUAUUUACACCAACAACAGUUUCAAAAGCAGUACCAGCAAUUCUCAGUAAAGGUAAUCGCUUGAAGCAGGAGAUGAAAAACAUUGCUGCGGAUGGAACAAAACAAUCAAAAUUAAACUCCAAAUUAAAAACUAAAAAAGCAGAUAAAAUUCUUAGCCAUAGUUCAUUUGUAUCAAAUGGACCAGAAAAUGUACAACAGGCUAAACCAGAACAGGAAAACAUUCAUGAUGAUAAAAUUAAAGUAGAUGAAGUUAAGUCAAAACAAGUUAGUGUUGAUGAAGUAGGGAAAAUCGCUCAACUUAAAACUGGCAACACUGAAGUGCCAUUAGGCUCCGGUCAUUCAGUUAACACUAAACUUCUAAAUCCAAUUCAUUCCAUUCCAAGUACCUCUAGUAUUAGUAGUGAGUCUUUACCACAAUCAACUGUUACAUUGUUGCCACUUUCAACUACAAAGCAAGCUAAUGAUUUCACUGAAAAUGAUGUUCGUUCAUUAAAUAGUUCCCACUCAGGCCAUCAACCAGAAACAUCCUGUUCUGAAUUACUAGUAGAAAAGCAAGAAGGCCAACAAGCAGCGGCCAUUCAAGAUCGAAAGUCUGUAAUCACUUUUCAACCAAAUAAUGCACCACAAUCAGAAGAAGUUGGUGUUGUAGCCGUUAAAAACAACUCAAACAAGCCGCAAGAACCAGGCAAUGAUCAUUGUAUAGAGAAGACCAUUCAAAUAAAAUCAUCCAAUAUAGGUUACUCUGCUCUUCAAGUAAAUUCACAAAGCAGCAUGGCUGACAUUUAUGUCGCAAAGCCUGUUAUGCAGCCUCACCAAAAAGUCUAUGUUGCAUCAAAGCCUGAGGCUCAGCGCUCCAUUGUGCAUGAGGAUUCUGACUUAAAAGAUUUGAUUGAUAUGGACACAAUUCAAGAUAAGAAAUCUAACUUCCCAACUACUUCUAUCAAUCAUAUCUUGUCCCCUGAAGUUAGUAGAAUAAACUCUUUCAACACUUCACCUUUGAUGAUGAAUAGGGUGUUACUGCCAAACAGUCUGACAAUAAAUCACAGUGGGUCUGCAGACACUUCCCAUAGCUUUACCCAGCUUAAAGGGAUACUGCAAAAUCCAGCACCUCACCAUCUCCAAAGAAGUGCUCAACCUAUGCAGCAUGAUUCAAGGUUCACACCUCAUCUUUCAGGGAGCAUACAGCACUCAGAUUCCAUUCAGCAACACACUGGGGACAGGCUACAGCACUCUGACGACAGGCUCCAGAAUCCUGAUGCCAGGCUACAUCAAACUAAUACCAGGGUACAGCAAUCUGAUACCAGGCUACAGCAACCUGAUGGUAGGCUACACCAACCUGAUACUAGGCUACAGCAUCCUGAUUCUAGGUUACAGCAAUCCGACGACAGGCUCCAGCACCCUGACGACAGGCUACAGCUUCCUGAUGCUCAGCUACAACAGCCUGAUACAAGGCUACAGCAUCAUGAUGCAAGGCUAUGGCACAUGGAUAACAGGCUACAUCAUUCUGAUGCCAGGCUACAUCAAUCUGAUACCAGACAACAGCACCCUGAGGACAGGACACAACCCCAUGAGGCUAGGCUACAGCAUCCAGAAGCCAGGCUACAGCAUCCAGAAUCCAGGCUACAGCAUCCAGAAGCCAGGCUACAGCACCCAAAUGCCAGGCUACAGAAUCAUGAGUCCAACAGGCUACAGCACCAGGAGACCAGUCUACAAUAUCAGGAAGCCAGCAAGCUACAACAGCACCAUGAGCCCAAGCUCCAACACCAGGAGACAAGAGUACAGCACCCUCAGGCCAUGCUACACCACCUAGAGGUCAGUCAGCAGCAGCGCCCUGAGGCCAGCAGGCUCCACCACCCGGAGGCUAGAAUGCAGCACCUGGAUGCCAGGUUACAACACUCAGAGGAUAACAGGCUACAUCAAAGUGAGGUCAGACACCCUGAACCCAGGCUACAGCAUCCAUUAAGUAGUCUACACCAAAAUCAAGACAGUAUAAGGCAGUCAACAGCCAGCAUGCAACAUGCAGGCAAUAGGCAGCUGAGCAGUCUACAAUACCCUCCAGCCCACCUGAAUUGGAACCAACACCAACAGUUGUAUCAAACACAGCCUGUUUUUCAGGUUGGGACGCAACCACCUGUUGGAAUGUCACAAGCUUACCAAAUGUCUGUACCUGGACACCCCUCUCUACAGAAUGGAAGCUUCCCACCAACUUGAACACAUUUAGUGUAUUUUGAUGUUUAAAUGUUUAUUCCAAUGUUACGCUUGCCACUAAUGUUGUUCUUAAAGAUAUACUGUUUGUGUUCAGCAAGAAAAUGCUUUCCUCGUCAGACAAGUGGAAAGUGGUAGCAUUCCUAUGUUAUUUGCAUAGACCCUUAAAUUGGCAAGUACAGUAUGGGCCAUCCACAAUUUUCAACAUAUUCAAAAGCAUACAAACAUGUUAUAGGGGAGGAAGGGGUUGAAAGUGUAGGCAUAAGUUCUCUUUUAUGAAAGAUGAAAUGAUGAUCUCAAAAUGACACAAAUCAACAUUUUAUUUUGUACUCUUUCAGGAGGAGAGAAGGGUGGGGGUGGGGGGUCACAAAAAAGGAAUUUGUUGUAUACACUUUUAUAAAUGUUGAAAAUUAUGGAUUGCCCCUACUCAAUUUAAGAAAUAAAAGGUCUGAAAAUCAACAAAAUUGAAUUGUUUUUUUUAUCUCUGUGCCUUUGAAUGUUGACAAGUUAUUAAUUGAUGGUUUAAUCUAAUUGAGAAACGGAGUCGGCACCUCUAUUCAAAUGUUGACUUAAUACAGUACGUUUCUUUUCUUAAGAGUAGAGCUUUUAAAAUGUAAUUUUUUUAAGGCGCACUGUUCCUUGUAGAGCGCCAUAUAAGAAUUUUGAAAUAAAUAAAUAAAUAAAAAUAAAUAACGUUAAGGGUUUUCAAGAGAAAGUACAGUAUACAAAUUCUAAGGUGUAUAAUUAUUUUAUUGAUGUUGCUAUGCCUCAAUUGUAGCCUGAAUGGUUUCACAUAUUUUUUAUGUCUUAGGGGUUUUUGUAUCAUAAUAGUACUGUGAUAUAGUAAAAUGUUUUUCUUUUCUUUUUUUUCUUUUUUUUGUAGAUCGUUUACAUUUUGUGGUGUAUUUGUGUUCUAUAAAUAUUUUAUUAUUUUUUGCAUAAUACUAGUAUUAAUAAUUAUUAUAUUGAUAAUAUUAAUAGUCAUAAUUUUUAUUGUUAUUCCAGAAAUUUUUAACUAGUAUUUGGCUGGUAUAUUAUUAUUACCGUAAUGAUAAGGCCAUGUGAAAAUAAGUUUUGAUUGUCUCCUCUUCAAAAUUAGUCCCAGUAUAUUACCUCCACAUCAGAUUAGCAUGGACUCCCAUAAUAUCUAAUUUGAUGUCCUCAUUUUCAUUGAGGGAUGGUUGUGUGAACAGUGAGAGGGGAAGAGAUGUAUUGUGUUCAUAGUCAUAAGCAUAUGCAAUUUUCCCUUUAAUAACUCAUGACUGUCCCUUUAAGACUGAUAUGAUACAUAACACAUUUCAAACAGUAAUGCAAAAUAGGUUAAUUGAUUUUGUAAUUUUGUUUGUAGGGGUUAAUGUGAGAAUAUCAUGCUUUGUAGGCAUAGGUUAUAUCAUGACAAUUGACAUUUAAUCUGUAAUUUAAUGGUAGGGAUUGCAUGCAUGUUAGUGUGCUGCAGGGCUAAUGCUAUUCUCACAAAUCAUACUUAAAUGGUAUUUCAUUCACAAUUAGUAAAAUGUAUUACAAUAAUCUAAUUGUUAACAGGUUUGCUUUUUAAAUGUAACUGAUAUACUAUCGCUAUCUAUUAUUGUUUUCAAAAUUGCACAAAAAUUAAUAUUAUGGUCAGAUACUGUACAUACAUGUGGUGACAGUAACUUUAGCAUUAUAUCAUUAUGGUUAUGAUUUAUCAUUAGCAAAAUAAUUUGUAUUAUAUUAUUAUUAUUCUUAUUAUUAUUAUUAUUAUUAUGUAUUGAUUAUUAUAUUUUGUUACUAUGUACAGUUGAACUUGCCUGAAUGAUUUUGAAAAAUUGUUUGACUUAGAUAAAAUUUGACUUACAGAUUGUUAAUUAAUGGAAAACACAACAACUUGGCAUGUAAAAUAAGACCGACUAUUAUUAUCAUUCGAGUUAGGCAAAGUCCACUCAGACAAGUUUAACUGUAAUAUAGGAGCCAUGGCAUAGCCUUUGAUCUUCCAAUCGAGAUAUUGGGGGUCGCAUCUGAGUCUGUUUUAUUCAUCAAGGCACUUUUUCUCGCCAUGCCUCUCUCCACCCAUGAGCUAAAUAAGUACCUGAUAGGAUAGUGAAGUAGUGUGUGUGUAAUGGAUUUUCCGCAGUGCAACAUGACUGGAAUACUCCCAAAGGAGUGAUGGCGGUUGCACAUUAUAUAAUUUCUUGAAUCUAGUGACCUGGAAGUUUGCAAAUGCCUUGCAUCUGUAGACAAAAAGGUGCUAUGUAAAUGUCCAUUGUUAUGUUAUUUCUUUUAUAUAAUUUUGUUGUAAUAAUAAUAAUGAUAAUAUUCAUUCUUAUAUAGCGCACAUAAGCAAGCUCUCAAUGCACUAAACAUAAGACUACCCCGGUCAUUGGAUCAAACACGUAUGGAACACAUACUCAGCUCCCUGGGGGAGAAUUCCAUAAUAUUGCAGCUAGUAAUCGGUGCAGUUGUGUUCAAACCUACCAGCUACCCACUUGUACUCCUGGGUGGAGAGAGGCAACCGUAUAUAAAGUGCCUUGUCCAAGGAUACAAACGAUUUGCACAGAGAAUUUCGAACUCCUGACCUCAAGGUUAUAUUAUUGUUAAUAAGAGAAUGGGAGUUAACAUCCAACAAUUUUUUUUAUUUGAAGUAAAAUAAAAUUACCUCUUUGAAAUGAAAUUAAAAAUUAACUCUACAAUGUUUUAUACAGUUUUGUAUUUAUUUAAAGCCAAUGACUUCUUUCAUAAAUUUCUGGUCGUUUUAGAUUGUGAAAGUAAUUAAGAGGUGGCGGCCCAAUGUAAGAAUAAGGGAGAGAAAUUUUUUUUUGUAUUUGCUUUCAAGUGGUUGAUAUAAAAUUCCUAUUAAAUGAAAUAUAUAUUCAUAACUAAUAAGACUGGAAGAUAUAAAAUAUUUAGACUCAGACGUGGUAAUUUUCUAUAUUAGUUUUGAAUUGAAUUAUAUUGCUGGGCUGAUUUAUAACAGUAUUUAAUUAAAAUGCUCUUCACUUUAGUUGUUAUUACUGUGUAGUUAACAGCAUAUGCAAGUCUUUGUUUAAUAUGCGUACUGAUGAUACAUACUAUGGUUACAUUUAGGAGCCAUUUAACAACAUAUUUUUAGUAAUGUUUUCCUAAGUGAAUGAUGCAAUGAAUUACAAUGCAUACUUGCAUACACUAUGCAUUAUUGGGUGUUCCGGGGCACGGGACCCCCAAUUGUGGAACCCUGUCUUAAAAAGAAUAUUUACUGUAUUAGAGUGCUAUUUACAGUGUCUGUUCUUAAAAUUUGCUGCAACAAUAGUGGGUUGGAGGUGGGUGUCUUUCAAGAUCGCGGAUCUCAGACAUCUCACUGGGGAACCUCGCUUUGUGUAUGGCUGUACAUUAUGUAAAUCCUAGCCAAUUUAAUUAUUAUGUUCUUAAUAUUACUAAAUAAGCUCUCAAUAUUAAAUUUAAUAAUUUACAAAAACUACUUGCAGUGAGGUGAAAUGAGAACUAUAUGUGUUGUUGGUCCCACUUCCCCCCUCCCCUUUCAGAUAUCUCUGGAUCUCCACUGAAUGUUAAUUAAUUUUGUCAGCAUUUUUGAGAAUGUCUGGUAUAGUAAUUAGGCAGAUAAUGAAAAGCAUUUGCAUUGUGAUUAUUAGAAGAAAUGGGAAUCAAUUUUUUUAUUCCUCAAUAGUCAGUAUGUAAAUCAAAUACUUAUUUGUUGACUCCUAUAUGGUAUGUAAACAAGUUUUGAAAAAUAUAAUUGACGCCUGAUGGAACUGCAGUUAUGGGGUGUAAGAUCAUAUAAUAGAAUAGCCUUUCCUUAUUUAUGUAUUUUUUUUUAUUUCUCUGUAUAUGGUUAUAUCAAGGAGGUUUUAUCAGUGUUUUUUGAAUUUAUGCUAACAUCUCAAUGAAAAAUGUUAAUGCCAAUGUUUUUAAAAAGUAUACUAAAAUUCACUGAAUCAAAUGUUUCUUGUCAUUCUUUUUGUUACAUACCGUACUCGUACUAAUUUGCUAUAUUUUUUUUACAUAUAUAUAUAAUUGUUAGCAACUUGUGAAAAAAUUAUCAUACCUUCAUGUAUUUCCUAGUAAGCUUAUCCUAUCUUUAAAAUGUAUCUGAGAAAAGAUUGUGUAUGUAUUUUUGUAAAUUGAGGAUUUAGAAUCUAGUUUGUAGCUCUGGAGAUAAAUGGUACACAGAUAAUUUGUUGUGUAGUCUGUAUUAAGUGUGCUUUGAACAUGGGUUCUCAAUUAUGUCACCAGUGAGUGGAGACAGGGUGACAACUGCUUCAAUGGAGCACAGCUAAUUCAAUAAAGACAAACUGACUUUGUUA